AUGCCUCUAAAUCUUGAUUUAAACAAAUUUCCUGAAGAAAUUUUGGAUGAUGAAAGUAAUACAGCUUCCAUGAAUUAUUCUUCAAGUUUGAUUAUGGAUAACAACCAAGCAAAUCUGAAUAUUUUUUAUGAAGAACACAUAACAACUUCCAUAAAUCAUUCUCCAAACUUGGCAAAUGUAGCAGCUUUAGACUUUGUUGAAGAUGGAAAUGUAGUAGCUUCCAUGAACUAUUCUUCAAUACUUGGAGAUGGAUUACAACACAACAAAUCAAAAAUUGGUUGA